AUGGAAAAAAUUAUUAAAAAAAAUCAAGACACUUUAAAAUAUAAAUCACCAUCUGGUCAUGGUGAAAUAAUAAUUAAAAUGCCUUCUGGAACCAGUACUAAACCAUCUUUUUCCACACUGCAAGCAUCUUAUCCAUUGAAAUUUCUUUCACCUAAAACAUAUACACCAUAUCUUGCUGCCAUAUACAUUCUAACUUAUGGCGGUGGAAUGGUAUCUGGUGAUAAAAUCUUUAUUAAUAUUGAAUGUCAUGAAAAUGUCAACCUAAUGCUUUUAACUCAAGGUUCAACUAAAAUUUAUAAAAAACGACAGAUAUCAGAUCAAUUUAACAACAAUAAUGAUAAUGGGUUGGAAACAACACAGAACCUAAAUGUUAUUGUGCAGAAAAAUUCUUUUGUACUUCAAUUACCAGAACCAACAACAUGCUUUUAUGAUUCAGAAUUUGUUCAACAUCAAAAAUACUCAUUAGAGAAUCAUACAUCAUCUGUAAUUAUUCUGGAUUGGUUUACUAGUGGUAGAAUGUCUCGUGGUGAACGUUGGGAAUUUCUAAAAUAUGAGUCUGGCAUUGACUUGUUUGUUAAUAACAAAUUAAUAUUCAGAGAUGUUGUUUUAUUAAAACGGAAAUUUGAUGAUUAUAUUUCAAGAUCUUCCACACCUAAAGAAGAUAUAUUGUAUGGACCAAAAGUUACUUUAUUAAUAAAUAAUAUUGUAGAAGAAUUUGAUAAAAUAGUUGUUGGCAAGGCAAGUAAAAUGCCUGAUUUGAUAUGGUCAUCUUCUGGAUUAGACACAAAACAACAUAAUGAUGGUGAGAUCUCUGAUUUGAAAGGAUUAGUGCUAAAGGUUGCUGGUGUGACUACUGAGAUUGUGAAGAAUUUUUUGAUCGAAGUAGCAUUAAAAGAUUUAGAUGAAUUGGUUGGUGAUAAUUUAUUUAAAAGAGCUCUAUAA